AUGAGUUCUGAAGAAUCAAAUCCAGUUCCACCACAAGGCGACGUGGAUGAGGCAACACUCAUCGACAAUGAAAUUCAAGCGCAGCCCACGGCUGGAGAGGAGACUGCACAGGUCAUGAAUUCAUCAUCGCAUCCUUUUGGUUGUCAGAUAUGUCCGAAGAUAACGACUACUUUUCGAUAUUAUCUUCGUCAAGAUAUCACAUCUCAAGAACUCUAUCAUCCUGGUACAGGAGAAACCGNGAAACCGUUCAUGAAACGACGCCUGAUCUACCUUCAUCAAACUAUUGGUAAUAGAUACGCACCAUGUCCCAAGGGCCUUGAAGUCGGUUUCGAGCAAACAGUACCUUGUAAUGUACAAACAUGUCCGAAAAACUUGACUUCGUAUAAAUGGAGUGACUGCUUCUAUAAUCAACCGGCAAUCGGUAUGGCGGCCGGAUGUUAUAGAAUACGCAAACUAGACGCCGGUGACUCGUUGGUGCUGAUCGAUAAGCCUGAAUUAUGGGAGAAAUGUAAGGAAUGUCGUGAAUUUAUGAGUUAG